GGAGAAGAAUGUGCGAGAGAGAGGGAAGAAGCCGGCCGCCUAUAGAGUUCGGUACGGUUGGCGGAAGGUGCUCUUUCUGAACAUGAUUUCGCAAUCUUUCUUGAGACUUGAUAACUUCUCUUGGAACAUCUAAGUAAACAACUGUCAUGACAAAUACUAUCAAACAAGAUAGGAGUUUGGGAGAGCUCAGGGCCAUUGCUGAUGCAGCUAGAGCAGGCCUUCAGAAAUUCCAGAGUUUGAUGAAUGAAGCAUCUGCUUUAAUAGAUGAUGUUGACCAAAAAAUUGGGAUCCUUUGCUCAGAGCUGGCUUCUGUCGAACAACCGAGCAACCUGUUAGCAAGCUCUAGUGCACCAACAACCAGGACCUCCAGUUCUCCUGUAGGACCCAAUACCUCUUCUGUUGUGGCAAGCGUUCAUAAUAAGGAUUCAUCUGGUACUUCAACGCUUACCCAAGGUACAGCACGUCCAAUGGUGCAAGGCCGAUCCAACUGUGCCACUUCAGAGAUUAGUAGUUCCUGUACCCUUAGGGCGGGGCCGGCGGGGCCCCCAGAGGGUUCCACCUCAAAGAGUCCUAGCAAACGAUCUCGAGGCUUCUUUGAGUCUGAGGAGUCAAGCUCAGAAGAUAAAGAUAACAGACUGCUAAUUGUUGAGUCCAAAAAAUCUUAUCUGGAACGCCAACGUCAAGAGGACUGUAAGGAGGGAACAUCAUGGAAUUAUGAUAAUGAAGGAAAUUUCCACAAGAGUCCACCAAGAAAAAGACGAUCUAAACAAGCCAAAUCUCCCACAAGUCCAUCUCAUGGAGAUGCUGUAAAUUCAAGUAACUCAGACAAGACAGCAGAUCAGUUAAAUGAAUUAUCAUCAGUUACGAGAUCUUUAGGAACCAUUGAAACACCCAUGGAAAGUGACGUCACUUUACAUGAUAUAACUGAUAUGUCAUUAACAUUGACAUCAAACCUGAAGAAGCUUGUUAACAACCAGGAAAGUGGUGAUGAAACACCCCGCAGAAAAAGCAGUGCUUCAGAUGAUCUCUUUAGUUCAAGGAUUGGAAGUCCCUCACUAUUAAACAUCAAUAUCACUGCUUCUGCAAUUGAAAAAUUCGAAAAGAUGGAAGAUGUUGAAAACACACCUCCAAUUCUACGCCAGCAUUCUGUUACCUGUGAUAAGAUCUUUUCCCAUCACAAGGAAGUAAUACCUGCCAACCAUCAAGAACUUUCACCCAGAGCCUCCUCUGUGGCCUACGAACGGCUUCCAAGUAAUAUAAUAUCUGGCAAUAUCACUCCUACUCCAGUGAUUUGUACGGACAGUGUUAUACUCAAGGAAAAAAAGAAAUGCACAGCUCCAGACAAAGCUAGUAAACAAAAUGAAGCAAGUUGUGCAUCUGAAAGCAAUUUAGAAAAUAAGCACGCCAGUAGUCCUAUCACACCCGAUCCUAAGCUUUCUCUUCCUGAGACUCAGAUUACCCCUAUUCGUACUGGAUCUAUAGAUGCUCAAUUCAAUGGGAAUAAAAGACCAGGAUACAGAGAAGCAAAGAAGAGACGCAAAAUUUGAAUGUAUUUUCCAAAUCAACCUUAUAUUUCCAGACUUGAAUUUGCCAAAACAGCAAUCCUAAGUGAUUUGUUUGUUGUAACUUGGUUGCACUUGACAAAUAAGCAGAAAUACAGCACACAUUACUGUCAUAA